AUGCUGAAAGAGAAGGACAAAAUUUACAAGAGUGCCGCCAUGGACUCCACGACAAGGAAGCGCCUACAGAAAGCCACAUAUGCAGACGUUGAAGACUCGCUUCUAAAGUGGUUCCUUGAUGCUCGAGCACGCAAUUUUCCCAUCAGGGGGCCACUGAUGUUGUUCAAAGCAAAGGACUUAGCGUUCCUCCUGGACUUCCAAGAUUUUUCCCCUGGCAAUGGCUGGCUCCAUCGCUUCAAGCUCAGCCACAGAAUUAUUUUCAAGUCCAUCAACGGCGAAUCAGCAUCGUGGAUGCUGAUUGCAGUUCAUCGCCCCCCUGCCAAAGUGCCUCUGCAGGUCUCGCUAUACACGGCGGUCGAAAUGAUCAAAGUGGCGUGGAUGGAAGUGACACCCGAAUGCAUCCGGAAUUGUUUUCGCAAGGCCAGCUUCGCCGACACACCUGAAGAAGGCAUUGAAGACACUCAACAAAGCCAGCCUGAUGACGACUUGUGGCGACACGUUGUUGACGCUAACCUGGCUGGCUGUGAUCUUGAUUGGCAAGAUUUUGUUGAUGUAGACGACGCUGCUGAAGUUGCGGAGUCGUUUUGCGACGAGAACGCCAUCCGGGAAGUGCGGGCAUCAAGCGAUGCCGAAGCAUUGGACGACGACAGCGAUCCAUCGGAGCCAGCACCCAUAAGCACGACCACAGCAGUGAGCCAUAUUGAGGCACUUAGAAAUCUUGUGUAUUUUAAGGCCUUGGAUGACGAACACAUUGCAGCUUUGAACAAGCUUGAAACCGCCGUCAUUGGAUCCUCGCGUGCCUCUCUCCAGUCUCUCUUCUACCCCUUUGAAGCAAUAAUUGACAGUGCUGAAACCAGUCAGAACAAUGGACUUGUGUUUCGGAAGUGUGGAAGGGAGAUAGGAGAAUCAAGUUAUUCAUCCUCCCCAACAACUACCGAGGAUGACAAGUCGCAGCAGAAAUGCCUCUACCGCUGUGACUUCUGCAACUAUGAAACUGGAAGGUUAUCAUAUCUGAAAACACACAUCGCUGUCCACACAAGCGAGCGUCCAUUUAAAUGCCAUUUUUGUCCUCAGAGCUGCUUCGGAAAGGCCAAUCUCAAGGACCACCUACGCAUCCACACAGGCGAGAAGCCAUUUCAGUGCCCUUCAUGCCCUCUGAGGUUCUCUCAAAAGGGCACUCUAAAAAGGCACAUGCUCAUACACACAGGUGAGCGGCCAUAUCAGUGCCCCUUGUGCCCUCGGAGCUUCUCGCAGAGAUCCAACUUGAAGAGUCAUUUGCGCAUUCACUCAGGCAAGCGGCCAUAUUGCUGCCCCACAUGCCCUCAGACUUUUGUGAAAAGCUGCAACCUCCAGAGACACUUGCGCCUCCACAUUUGUAGUGAGCUCAUCGCCAAGUUGAAGAGCCUUGAUGAUAUGACGGAGCCUUGUGGUGUCCUUUCAGAUGGCUAUGUGACUUCUUCCACGCGAAGAUUUCCUAGUCUCACGGUUGUGGACCUGUCGAGGAAUGAGAAGAUGUCUUUUGUAUUCAUCUCACAUUUUGAUUGCCUGUUGGAUCUAACGCAUUUUGGUUUCCAUUGUGCAGGAUCAAAGCAUUCAUCAUGUCCGACAACUAUCAAGGAUGAAAAGUUGCAGCAAGGACACCUCCACCACUAUGCUUGCAAUGACUAUGAAGCUGAAAACCCAUCUGACCCAACAACGCGCGUCACAGUCCACACAGGCGAGCGGUCAUUUAAAUGCCAUUUCUGCCCCAAGAGCUUCUCACAAAAGGGCACUCUUAACAGACACCUGCGUGUGCACACAGGCGAGCGGCCGUUUAAAUGUCAUUUGUGCCCUCAGAGAUUCUCACAGAAAUCCAUUCUGAAUGAUCAUUUGUGUGUCCACUCAGGCGAGCGGCCAUAUCAUUGCCCUUCGUGCGCUCAGACUUUUGUGCAUAGGAGCCAUCUGAGGUAUCACCUACCUAUCCACUCAGGCGAGCGACCAUACCGCUGCACCAUCUGCUCCAAGUCCUUUCUCCGGGCUAUUCAUUUGAAGAUACACAUGAAAAGAAAGUGCCAUGACUGCGCUGAGUAGGUCGCCAGACUUGCAGGUGCACAUCAUAUAUUAGGCAGAGUCUUAAAUAUUCCUUUGGUAUGUCUUCAUGUGCAGGCAUAACAAAUUGAGAAGUGAUCAUCCCUCAACUAUGCCUUCAAAAUGCUGCUGUUUGUAGUGAGAUAGUCGGGAUAAAUCCUGAAUGUUAGGCCAAUCUUCGUAACUUGUUAGUCUCCUCCAAAUGUACUGUUUGCUAAAUUGACAUUCCUGUAAGGUAAAUGCCCCCUCACCAGGUAUGGGCAUUGCCAACAGACAAGCAUAGUACAUUGGUUGCGGAAUGACAAUUAUUUAGCAAACUAUGAAAUCAUUCGAUGGCACGAAAAUGGCUCAGAUUUUAAAUGGAAGCCUGUGUGCCUUUUCCUGCAUUUAGAUGGGGAAUCAAGGUCAUAUGCAUAAAGCCCUCAACCAAUUACAGUCAAUGUCCAAAACAUUGUGCAUUCUCGAAAAAACAAUACCGUGGCUUCCAUUGCCCUCAAGGGCUCAAAUUUUCACGGCGGCAUCUAAAUGAAAAAGGUGUCUGGGUGCUUGUUAGGUCACAGGUAAUGUGGAUGUGCACGUGUAUCAUUGACGAACAUGUACAUCUGUCCUGUGGCAACGGCCCCUCUCUAUUCUAGAAAUGCUUCACCGCUGUACAUUGCGUGUUUGAUUGCAUAAUGUUGCUGUACUGUGGCGAAGCUGACUUUUGUGAACGGGCAUUAUACAAAACUUUUGCCAUGCUUUCCACGCUACGAAGCCAUUGGCAAAGAUGGUGAAAUUAGAAUUAGCACCAUUGCUGACAAUGGAGGAUUCUUUUCAUAAAAAUAUUUCAAACAUACAAAAAACGGAUAAACUGGGGCUCGUGGUACACAUGUGAUGUGGUUUCUCAUCUCUGGUAUCAAAGAAGGCAGGAAAUAAAUCUGACUUGCAGACACUAGUAAAGGUAAAGCUGUGUCUAUGUUAGCAGUGAAGCACACAUUUCAAUUCCUUCUGUUUCGUUUAAUCAUGAACUAAUUUUAAGAAUAAUUGCGGUGAAAUGUUUGCCAAAUAAAUCUUGACAAGUUCUACCAUCUAAGCAAAAUUUCUGAUAGGGCAUACAUAUUUUAAGAUGUCUACAUGUGCACCGGUAAAGCUAACUGUACGUAGUUCUAAUAUCGGACCAAAGCGAAUUCUUUAACUGCAAAGCUUUCUGAGAAACCCGUAGAGGUUUGCUUUAAGCUUUGUGCUGCAGCCAGGGAGAUAACAAUUUUUCCUUUCCAUAGUUAUUAUUGAGUGUUAAAGGGUCAUGGAACACUUUUUGAACAUAGUCAGAAAAUGUUGCCUAUCUCUAGAAGAGGCUCCUGUGAACAUAUGAACCAAAUAUUAUUAUACUACAGGCAGCAGGGAACUCAGCGAAAAUCAGCAAAAAAUUGCGUGCUCUCACCUCUGCAAUGUUGUCAUGCAGCAUCAUCGCAAGCAGCUGUACCCAUCAACAGCUGUUGGCUGCUUUUGUGAUCAUGAGAGCAUUCUCGAUACUAUUAAUACUGUAAUUGCCCAUAUUGAGCUAAACCAAUAAAAUGAAUAUGUACGUCUGCGAUCAAAAGAACUGUAAAAUGAUGUAAUCUUUGAAACAGUUUAAAACAGUGCUACGUCUGCUGCACAUGGCCUCCGGGAUAGCACCGGCGUGCUCUGUAGUGUUGCCUACCAAGAACGCCUUAGGGUGCUUCGACGAGCCCUCUCAUCACCGAGACACUAACUUUUCGGGCAGGACACCAGUGGAAACGAAAGAAAAGAAAAAGCCACUCAUUGGCGUGAUAAGUACAGUGGAACCCCCGAUUAUACAACCUUGAGAGGACCAUGCAGAACCGUCGUAUAAUCCGGGCAUCGUACAAUAGAAAAACUAUCGUACAAUAGAAAAACUAAGAAUAUAGGCAGUGACUCUCAGACUUGUCCCCAAAAGAACGAGUACAGACCACCUGAAUAAGCCCGCGGCACGAACCUGCACUGCUCCAAGAAAGGUACAUUAAAUCAUUUUUCUAAAAAUGACAACCAAGCAUUUAAUUGGAGGAGGUGUGAGCGAAUCUUUAUAAUUGCCUUUAAAAUAAUAUUAGUGAUCUUUUUCUGGACGUUUGCCCAGCCGUGACGCAUCAGCUUCCUCUCGAGAGCUGCCAUAUCUGGCAGCAAGUUGCCAACAUCGUCACGUGCACAAACAAACCGUCAAAUGUUGUUGACACUGCGCACACGUCCACGUAAGCCGGAAGGUACACGUGGAAGUCGGAACAAACUGUCAAUUCAGAAACAACUUCUCUUCACUUAUCGUCGUCUUCGUCAUCUGAGAUGAAGACAGCUUUCCUUGGGCGGUAUCCUUGGGCGAUCCCUUUCGGAGAUAGUUUCACUGUCACAAAAUUUUACGUAAGUUUGAACCGAAAGCGUCCCUGGCAAGUGUUUUUGGUGCUUUGCCAAGCUCAUUAUCAGUGCCAAGAGCACUAUCGGCCGUAUACUUCAAGGGGGUUCAGUGCCAGGAUGAGCCGAGUCUCGCGAAACCGAAACUAUCUCAAGUGAUCGCACAAGAUCACGUCAUCUUCGAGCUUGUUUGCGACUAAGUUAAAAGGCUGCACAACCAUUUCAUUCAUGGAAAGUACCAGGCAUAUGCAAGGCCCACAGUGCCCUUCCCAACCAACUUGGCAUUUAAAGAGGGCCUCCCGCUGGCCUCCCGAUUCGCCAUCUGCAAAUCGUUGAUGUCAUGCUGCCAAGCUAUGGCGCAGUUUCUCUCCUUCUCAGCCAUCAAAAAUGCUCGUCUGUCGAAGCAGGCACCAUAUCGAAUGCACUAUGUCACCAUAACGACACAAAUAAGCGGAAUUGAAGCGCCAAAGACCACAGGGUAAUGCUGCACCACAGCUGCAACACAAGUACGGCGAAAAUGGUGUCGAUUCCAACAAGAAAAAAAAAAAGUUUUCAUUGGGGAACUUGUGUAUGGAUUGGAUCAAGAUGUGAAGGUACAGGUAGCCAAGGUAAUGCUAAAAACCGCAAAAUUUAGGAUAUUCGUUUUAAGAUUGCAAAGUCAGCCGUUAUUUGAAUGUAACACGAGGGUCGAGUUCAAGCAAUGAAAAUCGUGACAAAACUCGUGAUCGAGUAAACACAGUAUUGCACAGCCAUUAUAAACCAGCUGCAGUGUGCUCACGUACAAGCCUGCUUCUGCAUAGGCGUCAUACGAGGUGUGAUUGGCAUAAAAUUUCGUUUUGUAAUCGAGGUUUUUUUAAUGCAUAAUUUCAGUGGGGGUUUUGUCACGAUGAUACCAAUUUGUCGUAAAAUGCGGGUCAUGGCAUGACCAAGGGACAUGUAAUCGAGGUUCCGCUGUAUGUCUAAAACCGCUUAUACUUAAAGGAUGCAGAAAAAUAAAUAUUCCCCAACGAUUACAGUACUUCGUAAUGCGAAUUUUUAGCACAGCUGUUUCGGUGUUUUGGAUUCGCGAUAUAGUAAGGCAAAGAAUCUGAAUGGCAGGGUCCUCUUGGCGGCGGUGCGGAGCCUCUGCUCGGGCACUUCCUUUAGCACCAGCAGGAGCAGACGCAGCACUUCCGCUGGUUGCGUCGCUCAUUGUUCAGAAAGAAAGUGUGAAUACGGGAACCCAUGGCUCGUGCGGAGCACAUUCUCCAGCAGCAGCGGCACAGGUGAAGUAGAGCAUGCAGAGUGGGAUUGAAGCCCACACUAAUGCUUUGUUUCCAUGUAUGGUAUCGGUGGUCACACUUGCCGUAUGUCGUGGACCACGUCUCGUGCGGCACUUCGCUUUCCUCCUCACCCUUUUGUCAUACUUUCCUCAUCUGCUUUCCUUCACACGCUCUAUCGCCGUCUUUCAUCCUCUGCUGCGCUCCAUGUUCUUUCUAUUUUUUCACCCUUUGGUGGGCUCAUUCGUUUUGCCGGUUGCGCUGAUGCCAACGCUCAACGCAGAAUCGGGGGCUUAAGAGCUGUGCUCUUAAAUUGCGGCAGGAGGUUUGUGAGGCAAAGUAAUCUCAUUGUGAGGUCAUUCUAUGAUUAAUUUGAAAAACGUGGUUCGGGGGACCUUCACAGGGCCCCUCACCAGACCACAUAGCAAAUUUUGGCUAUAUGCUGUAAGUUGUUACGUGCCCUCUGAGGAUUGUUCUACUGCAAUAACUUUUCAAAUUAGUUAAUUAAUGGCAGAGAUAAAAAUAUUUGAGGUGCUGCAAACCCAUAAUUUCUUGAGGCUAGUGUGAAUACCAACCUAGACACUCUCUCCACUUGCUCCGUCUAGCCUUUGCAAGCGAAAUUCCUUCCCUGCGUUCUCCCAUACUGGAGUCAGAGGAUUGCAUGGUGAAUACGUCAGGGGCCCCGCCUUCAUGCUUUUCUCUCUCGCACGUUUCUGCUGAGUGCCACACUUCUGGUGAUGGUCUUAUGUGCGAGCUGUUGCGUUUGUCUCGUUUCACACUGCAGAUGAUUUUGUGCACUCUGCACGAGAACACCUUAUUAGUGGUGUAAGUCAGUGCCACAAUCACAAACAUUAAGGCAGACGUGAGAGGAUGAAAGAGCAUGAUUGCGGUGCUGGAGCACGGCAGAAAGUGGGUCUCAUUCUCUGCACGCAAGCAUGGAAACAGACAGAACACAAGCACAUCUCUCUUGCUAUGGUACGAAAGUAAUACAAAAACGUGCAGACAUUCAUUUUAUAUGUUUCAUUAUUUUUCCAAGCAUUAAUUCAUCUGUUGAUUUACAGAUUAAGCAAAUAACUGAUGUUAUAAUCCUCGAAGUCACGCGUCACUAUGAUCGACAUCACAACACGGUCAUGUAUGUAGGCACACUUGUGGGAUUGACGCAGACUCUCGGACUGGGCGUGCGGUGCCCGUGAGGAGAAGGGUAAACGGCGUUUGGUUUCAAAUGUAAGCUCAUUCCGCGGCACGCAGGGAUGUAAUACUUAGCAUACACGAUUGUUAGCAUGCAUUGUAUGCACGUUAAUGCUCAAGAUAGUGACACCUGGUGAGGGGCCCUUUAAUUCUAUCAGGUAGUAUAGGAAAAACUUGAGUGCUCAGAUACAACCAGUAUGUGGGUGCCUUGUUGUUGUGGAGCUAAGCAGUAUCUCAACGUUGUCAAGAACAGAUAGAUGCAUUUGUAGAAGAACCUGUUUGCGUCAUUUUGUCAUUUUCUAAUCGUUCCUGAAAAAGACACCUUGAAGCACUCAUUUAUCACUUUUGCUUGACUAUGUACUUCUUGUUCUUGUUCCUCUCCUGAAGCAUGAGGUAGUCUGCGUAAGGUUUCACUGUUCUAUAGGAUUCACCUUAGUGAAGAUGGAUUGGUAGGAAAAGAUGAUUUUAAAUUACGGUCCUCUGCAUCAAUACCAGGUAGCAUGUUGUUCAUAGUGAUGCUUAUUCCACACAAUCAAUUUGUAUAUAUCAAAAUGGAUUAACAAGCUCUCAAGGUGAAGAACAAACAUCCAUUGAUUCAUACUGUCACGGUAUCUAGUCCUCUUUUGUUUUCAUGGUGUGGAUUUUGUGAGGACACUGUCCAAGGACAUUGUGCUCGCAUGUGGACCUUUACUGAGCCAUACUGUACAAAGUUUCAUACGCUGUCUUAUGUACAGCCUUUAGGAAAAGAAAUGACGCCUGUAGGAGCACAAAUGCUGCUUUCUCAUUAAGGAGCGUGCAAGGCUGGAGAACUGCAAGAAGCCAGUAGUACUUUCUGACCUUUUGACGACUGCAACAGGAGGCACACAAGACAUAUUAUAUUCAGCUCCUACCAGUAACAUAGUGACUGCAUUUCUUUUGAAAGGCUGUGCGUUUAGUACUGUGCCUUGCAGCUGGUGUGAGAAGUUCAUUCUUGGCAACUCUUUUGUUCUCUACUUUCUCUGCCUACAUGUGUACCACUAGUAGAUAAGGAAUGCUGUAUUUGCACCUUCACUAUUUAGGAUUUGUAGAUGUGUGAUAGCCUUUGUUAAUGGCUGUACCAUUAGUAAUUUUCCUUCUUGAGUGUGACUUGUACCUUCAGUUUAUGUUCUGUGAGCAUGAAAAGAUGUGAUCUGUUCUAUUCAUCCCACACUUUUAUUGCCUGUUGGAUGUAGUACCCUUUCUUUGGAAUUUUUUUCCCUUAAUACUCUGAGCGAUGUCAUUGUUUCUGUCCAUGUAAGCAUUCCUUCACAGUAGUUGAAUGGUGUGCUUUCACUAAGAAUUGACACUUGUCUUUUCUUGAGGACUGUAUCAAUCACUGUGCUUGAUGAGUGCAUUGCUAGUAAUGUUUAUAUGUUUUCUUUUUGCUUGUACUAACAGUGAUAACCUCCAUUGCAAUUGUUUGUCAAUAAAUGUAAUCUUUCUCUUUCUUUUA